AUGGCUGGACUAUACGACGACGACGCCAUCUCUGUUACCUCGGACUAUACUCUCCCCGACGCCGAUGCUGUUGGCUUUGGGGCUCCAUUGGAGCGUAUGGGCUUCGACCACUAUGCGCUCACCAAGGGCGAUACUUCCUAUUCGGGCUCCUAUUAUCCCUCGUGCGAGCACCUGCCUGUUGCAUGCACGGACCCCGACUGCGACUGCGACGACGAUGCCGUGUUUCUCGGAGACGACGACGACAACGACAAUGACGACGACGACGAGCAAGUUCUGUCUCCGUGUGCUUCCAGCUCGUCUUCCCUGAGCGAGUACUUCCACUCCCGCCGUCUCUCCAACGCAGGCGAUCUCGCUGGUGUCGAACACUGCGAUACUCCCAAGGCCACUCGACGCAAGUUCUCCACAAGCUUCGCGGCUGCAUUGGCCCAAGGCGAUGCACUUCCUCCAAGGCCCGCAUCUCCGCUCGAACACCCGACAAUGCACAACCAGCGUCGGAUCGGAACUUCCGACACCCACCGCCACCAACUCGCCCUCGCCCGCUACCUAAACGCCGACCGCACCCGCGCAGACCCAUGGAACCACACCCAUCCCGUCAUCCACAUCCGUGAACACACAAUUGCCAAUCACAACGUCGGAGCCACUCUUGUCACCGAGCGUCUCCACGACUGGUGGACCGUUCCCUUUGCCAAUGCCCACGACUGUAUUGACUAUGCAAAGCAAAUCCUCGAGGGUGUCGCCUUUUUGCAUGAGCAUAGUAUUACCAACUUGGCCGAGGCCGUAAGACCGCACAAUAUCCAGAUGGACGUCGGUCUAGCCCCCCUGGCCCCGCCCUCUCUUUCCCCCAAACCGAGCGGCAAAUCUGCCUCGGCUCCUGCCACUCCCGCAGCCGAGCCAGACGACCUUCCUUCCGUGGCCUGGACUCGAGCCGACUAUCCAGUCCGGUACUACUUUACCGCUUUGGGCGCUAUUCAUCGUGUCCGGCGCCACACCCAGGAACAGCAAGACGAGGAAGAAACCGAAGACGACGAGAUGCUCGACUUGGCCCAGACUCUCGACGCCUUGUCUCGCCAAGUCGAUGACGAUGCCUGGGACCUUGCCACCGCGGUUGAUCUUGUAGCAGUAGGAAACGCCCUCGACCUCGUUUUCGGCAAGAUGUCAUUCAAUCCUCUCCGGCCGAUCAUCCAAGACUUGUGCGAUGCCUUGGAUUCCAAUAUCACCGCCCAUGACGCUCUUGCGCGUGUCGAGAGUCUCGAGCAGAGCUUGUCUCGGCACGAACUCUUCAGUCCAUGGGCGACGAGUGAAGAAAAAAAAACUUCACUUGACUUUUCAUCAUCUUUGAUCAGCCCCCUAGAUCUAGUCUACUCCCAGUUUACUCGCCCAUCACCACACACACCAUUCUUGAUUUCCCUCUUAUAUGCAACACCAUCUGGAUUCCUUUUUCCCUGCACUGCUGGGCUUGACGAGGCAGCUUUCUUUUCAUUCCUGUUCGUUGGGGCUGGAAAACUCGAGACUUGGGGGCGGUACUUGCCAAGUGCAAAAGUUGUCAUCAGUCAAGGAGACGGAGAAGAAGAAGAUGAUGACGAGUUGUGGUCGUACAUCUUGCCUGUUCCCGCCGAGCCUCGUCCCGGCGGUACCCAUGCAUCUAUUCAUAGCCAUCCCGCCAUCACCAUCGAUACCGCGUCCACGGCUGCAACCGCAACCACACCCGUAACCAUAACCAGCACAGCCGAAAAAGAAAACUUAAAGUUGCCGACCACGUCUCCUGCGGACAGAAACGCAAUUUCGAUCAGGCUCGCGCUGGGGGACACCCAAUCGGCCGUCCAGAAAUUGGCGGAUCGGGUCGAUCGGGUCGUGGAUCUGCAACGGCAAGAGACAAGGAAUGUGCACGAUGCCAUUGCGCGGGUUGGCCAGUCGGUCGAACAGGCGUUUACGGCACUCGACCAGACUACCAUGGCGCAUACAUCUAAACUUGACGAAGCCUUAUCUCGCAUCGCCCGGCUCGAAGCCGCAUUGAGUGCGCAGUCCACGGUGGUGACGCAAAUAGGCGCUAAAUGCGAUGUACACUGCUCGAACCAGCUGCAAGUCCUGUCCGCCGAGGCGAACCGGUGGAUGUCCGAGCACCAACUGGCUACUAGCGCAAGUUUGGACAAAGUAAGAGAAGAGGUCAGACAUGCGUUGGAUGCGAAUCGUGAGGCGUGGAGUGUGGCUCUGUCCUUGCAUCGUCAAGAAAUGAGUGCGAUGCUCUCGGCGGUCUUGGCGGGGAUAAGGAGUGUGGCCGGUCCUAUUGGUACGACUUCUAUUCCUGGAUCUACUCGUGCUUCUACCACUCGUUCUGGUUCAUCCGGGGGGCCAACGCAAACUCUGAUCGCUGUGGAUAAUACAAAAACAACAAUGGCUCGAAGUCAUGCAUCGGAGACGCCACUGACUGCAGCGCUCGGCGACACCACACCGCUGCAUACAUUCGAGCCAUAUGGACAGCCAUCUUCCAUCACACAUUCCCAGCUGCAAGAGCGUGCGGCGACCGAGUCCGAGAAAACGCAUGGGGCUCAACAACACGCAGCCAAGAAUUCGAACGUUCAGGCUCGGCAUAUCCAAGCUGGUCCAGUACACGUCGAUGCGCUUUCCUCGGUCCCAGACGAAGACGAGGCUGUGGACCAUAUGGUGAUUGGGAGGAGAGUGCCCUUGGAUGGCCGAGGAUUCGGCGCGCUCAGUAAACGCGCGAGCUCGACUUUUGCAAGUUUUACAAACCCAGCCUCGCCCGGAUUUACUAUUCACCGCCAGCCGUUUGUGCAAGGCUUGAAUUUACAACCUGCUCUCGUCCUGCAGGCCAAGGAAAAGCCUGAAGAGGAUAAUACCGAAACGGGAAACGUACCCAAUGUACGUCUGGUCAUCAAAAAACGGCCGGCUAGGGUCGAAGAUAUUCCUUCGGCCCCGGCCAAACGAUCGCGCAAGGCCAAAACUAGAGUACUCAUGGACUCUCAGGAGUUGUUGAUGCUUGACUCUUCGCCAGAACGCUAA